AUGGGAAAGGGCAUUGUUCCGACAGGCGACGACGUUCGCCAAGCGAGCUACUUGGAAGCUGUAGCAAACACUUUGUCAAUGGGCAUGGUAGAGGUGGUGGGUGUCGCUCAUACUCUCGGUGAAAAGGCUGGGCUGGGAAUCAAAACCGUGGAGGCUUUGCUCCAAGAGCAGAUUGGUCCGGUCGGGUUGAUGGUUUCGAACCGACUGACGUCCGGUGCUUACAUGCCUCCUCGGGGCGAGCGGCCAUGGUCCCCCGCUACUAACGGAGUAGCAGCCGGAAGGCAGGCUCUGAAGAGCGGUACACAGCCUAAACUGCUGUCUCUCAUUCUGCAGCAGCUGGAACAAGCGGUGGAAUAUGCCGAUGCGGCAAACCGACAAGUCGAUGCUUCAGCGAUUUACGGAGUUAUCAGAAAGGAUGCGGGACUCUCUUUUGAGACGGACCAAGUCAAAAAGAGGGAUGGUUCUAUGUAG